ACAGAGGGGGGGAUCUUUUCAACAAAUCCUGCCACUACUGUUAGCUUUGCCCCUAAAAACACAUCACUUUUGCAGGGAAUUCCAUACAUAGGACAGAAUAUGAUGGGAGAUCUGCAAGUCACUUGUUAACUACAUUUUCCACAUCUCAAAUCAAUAUAUAAGGAACCCACUUACCACGCGUUUGGUUUGGAUGAAGAUGAGAAAAGGAAGACCUACACAGUCAGCAGAAAAACUCACCUAUUUCUUUAUACCACACGCAGCACACACACUGUCAAUCAGUUGACAACUGUUACUAUACAACAAAGAUAACUCUUAAUCCAGUAAUCUUGAGGGCAUCAGGACUAUGCUCUUAAAGGGGAGGGCAUUGUCACGCCCCCGGCCGCGCCAAGGCCCCGCUGCGGUUCCACACAGCCCAUCACUUCCAUGUGGAUGAUUCCAUUCAUCCCGCAGGCCAUCCGAACCAGUUUCCAACCACCCUAUGACAUCAUUCAGAUAUAUCAUAGGAAGAUCCAAUUGAUGAAUAUGAGAACCCCGCUUCUAUAUGAGGUCAGCAGAUUACUCUUCCUUGGUAAUGAGACGCCGCUGAGGUAUCGCUCCGGCUAUUCUCACUCAUGGAAUGGGAGGAGGGUAUCCGCCCAUUGUCUAUAUAGAAUAGCUAGAUGCUGGCUCCUCAUCAAAGGAGCCAGUGAUUCGUUUUUCUUCUACUGAAAUAUAUACAAGAGUUACUGCGUGCCUCAUACAAUCUUCUUAGUAUACUAAGUACCAUAUCUGUGAUAUCCUCGCAAUAACCCUGUAGCCUACGAGCUCGCUAUUCAAGCAAGAUAGUCAAGCCCACCCAUACAGCUUCCCAAACAACUACCCCUAUGUGACGCCGCCGACUAGCCACCGCUUCGGUUCCGUCACGUUACAGAUCUUCUGUUUCUAUUGAAGCCAAAUCUCUUUUUACUAUACCUCAAGAUUCCCUGAGUUCUGCAGCUCUAUGGAACGCCAUAGCAGCAUCCUUUUCAGAACAGGUGGAAAUCCGCAGAGCCCGCCUGUCCAAGGAAUUCAAUGAUAUCAGUGCGACUGCCUAUAUGAUAACCAUGAUAACCCACGAUAACCAGGCCACCGAGUGCCUAUAUGAUAACCAUGAUAACCCACGAUAACCAGGCCACCGACUGCCUAUAUGAUAACCAUGAUAACAAUAACAAUAAAAUGACAAAAAUAUGAGAAAUGAGACCCCACAGUGUUCGGAUGACUGAGGGAGCAAUACAGAUACAGAAAGAAUGGAUUUGAGCAUUUUUUCUUACAUAUUCGCGUGUAUUUGCAUGUAUGGAGCUAGUUCUUAUGAGAAAACUAGACUCCACUUUGUGUAAUUAAUUAUUAUUGCAGAUUUGAAUGAUUUGGGCGCUUUUGUGGCUGCGUGGGCUAGAUGGCCGGCGCAGAAUGGGGGGGUGUUGGAGGUUCUCCACUGGCCCUCACCCACGUGACCCACACAUAUAUCCAUGGAUUAGUUGCCGCUAGCACUAGAAUAAUCAACCAAGUCCAACCUCUUCUACAUUGUGCGAGGUCAGGGUCAUGAUUCUGUAACAAGGUCAAGUGGCGCACUUAGCGAGGUCAAGUUUUCUGUAUACACCCAACAUUUUCUGUAUACACGACACCGCCUGAUGACUCAACAAGGAAAUGCUGAGGUAAUACGGCUCUUCUCCUCAUCUGUGUCGGCGGUGUUAGCUCUCCAACGCACUGUCCGCGAUCCUUAUUCAUUUCUUGCAGCAACAUGGCACCUGUAUUUUCCCAGCAUCGCCAUCAGUCAUCGCUUGAGGGCAUCAUCAACUUUUCCGGCCCUCAACCCUUCGCAGCGGAUCAGCGCGCCCGGGCUCAGCGCAGAUUCUACAGUAUUAUAAACCAUUUUGAUAUAACAGAUAACAGUAGAAGGGUUGGAUACAGGCGCCCUCUACUCGUCCGCUAUACCUAUGAAUAUUCGCGUUCUGAGUUAUCGCAAGAUAUCUUUCUACGUGCCUUCUUCGAAUUUAUGAAGGUAGAUGUCGCUGGCGAGGAAGAUAUUGACUUUGAUGAUGAGGGACUGGAGAAUCAGUUGGGCAAGAACUUGAUCACCUUCGCAGACUUCCUACUAGAUAAUUUCUUUCUGCCACGUCUGGUCCCUAUCCGCCGCCCUGUUAAUCCCUCCGAUUCUGCUAACCUUUUUAUAGUCAAAGCUUCCGGCCAGCACACUCCGCAGCCCUCUCCUGCACACCUUUCCGCAAUCCAAAGAGCACAAGGAGGAAUGCAUGAAUUUACUGGGACGCCAGACCGAAUAUCAGUCCUUCGGGGUUCUUGCCUCAUCCGUGACCGCCAUCGUUGCGUGAUCUCUCGCAAGUUCGAUCAGCGAGAAGCAAUAGUUCGUCUGACACAACAUGGCCAUGCUGCUCAAGAUGACGAAGGGAAUCCGCUCCAGGGACAGUUAUCUAUGAUUUUAGAAGUGGCCCAUAUACUUCCACAUUCCCUGACACAGGCAAAUGCAGAUUCUCAAUUGGAUGAUUCCAAAAAAGCCGCACUCAUGAUCCUUAACAUGUUUGACUGUGAUGUUUCACACUUAAUUGAUGGUGUCAAUAUUGACCGGCCGUUUAAUGCUAUGAGUCUUACCCGUGAUCUCCAUACCCAUUUCGGCAACUUUACUGUUUUCUUUGAAGCUGUUCCUGACCAGGAGCACACCUACCGAAUUGAUACGUUCCUUCCUCCAGGAAUCUUACCAGAUAUCCCUGUUACUCGCAUACUCUAUCUUAUAAACGACCGAUCAAUAGAACCCCCUUCACCCCGGCUCCUUGCCCUACACCACGCCAUUGCUCGUAUUCUUCACCUUUCUGGGGCGGGAGAAUAUAUCGAUAAUAUUCUCCGGGAUAUGGAGGAGACGGGUAUACAGGAGGAUGGGUCCACAGAACUCGGCCGUAUGGUGAAUUUGACAUUGGGUGGUUGGCUAGAUAGCGUGGUUGAUUCCUAUGCCUAG